CCUCUAGAUCUAAUUUAGCUAGAUUCAUUUAUUGUAUUUCAGAGCUCUUUUGCAAUUCUUAGGUAAACAAUGAAGGUUCUGUUAUUGAAAGACCCCAAAGAUAAAGAUUCGGGACCGGAUCCAUAUAUUAAAGAAUUAAGUUUACAUGGAUUAGAAGCAACUUUGAUUCCAGUUCUGUCAUUUGAGUUUGUUUCACUUGACAGCUUAUUUGAAAAGCUCUCUCAUCCUGAACGUUAUGGAGGCCUAGUUUUUACCAGCCCAAGAGCAUUAGAAGCCAUCAAGAUAUGUUUAAAAGAGAAGAGUAAAAAUGAAGCCUGGUCCGAAUCUCUGAAACAAAGAUGGAGCAACAAACCAGCAUAUGUGGUAGGAAAUGCUACAGCUUCUCUAGUGGAAGAAAUUGGCCUUAUUCCACAAGGAGAAGAAUCUGGAAAUGCUGAAAAAUUAGCUGAAUUUAUUUGCUCAAGAGAGAACCCUAAUUCAUCAUCUCUUCUUUUCCCUUGUGGAGCCCUCAAAAGAGAAGUGCUUCCUACAACACUAAAAGAAAAAGGUAUCCCUCUGGAAAGUCUCACCGUGUAUCAAACCACCCAGCACCCUCGGCUCCAGGAAUCGCUGAGCAGCUACUUCUCACAGCAGGGAAUUCCAGCAAGCAUCGUGUUCUUCAGCCCUUCCGGGGUCAAGUUUUCCCUCGAGCACAUUCAGAAGCUUUCUGGGGAUUUUAUCAACCAGGUGAAGGUACGUUGUUUUUCAAAAAUGGUGAAUUUACAGUUCACCUUAGGCAGCAGAGGGAUAAAAAGACCAUUAUACCCCUUACAGACUUUCAGUUUAUAUAGGAAAUGGUAG